AUGAGUGAUGUUCAUGGAGUAAAACGUGUUAGAACGACCGAAGAUGUCAUCAAAGCUCGCCGUGAACGAGAAGCCGGCAAGAUUACUGAAUACAAUGCACUUGUACGUCAAUGCCACGAAAAGCUUGAAGCAAAAGAGUUUAGUCCCGAGGCUUUAACGGUUACAACACAAAUUCUCUACACAAAUCCUGAUUAUUAUACCAUUUGGAACAUACGUCGUCUAAUUCUUAUCAAUGGAAUUCUCGAUUCAACCAAGAAUCCCACUCAGACUAUAUUAGAAAAAAAUAGAACUAUUUAUAUGAACGAGCUCGGAUUGUUUAUGCAACUCAUCCGCAUCAAUCCUAAGUCAUAUUGGUUAUGGAAUCAUCGGCGAUGGUGCCUUGAAACAAUGCCUAAACCAGAUUGGAAUGGCGAGCUCAAACUUGUUGUCAAGAUGUUGACCAUGGACGCUAGAAACUUUCAUGGAUGGGAUUAUCGCCGUUAUGUUGUGAGACAACUGCGUGCAUUGGCUCAGGCCAAGCAAGAUUAUGAAGAGGAAAAGCAGAUUGUUAGGCAAGAGUAUGAGUUUACAACCCAGAAAAUCAACCAGAGUUUCAGUAACUACUCUGCCUGGCAUCAACGCUCAAAGCUACUUCCUGAGAUUGUGGCUGAGAUGAGUCCAGAGGAGAAGAAUACGGUAGCAAGAAAUGGUGCUCGUUUUCCUUUUGUUGAUAUACUGACAUACUAUAUAGAGCUUGAACUUGUCAAGGCAGCUUUCUACACUGAUCCGGAUGAUCAAUCUGCAUGGUUGUAUUAUUGGUGGUUGGUUGGGAGAGCAUUGGAAAUGGUGUCUUUCUUGGGAGUAUUCCGUCUCAAAGGGUCCCCUUUACUUGUUGCCGGAUUCAAUGAUCCAAUUACUCUCCUCAAAGAACCAGCCGUACUUACCAAGGACAAUAAGAAAGUUUCGGGAUCAUGGCUUCCCCUAGGAAAAUCAUUACAGUCAUCCGGGUCUAUUUGGAUUUUUUCACCACUUCCAAAUUCAGGAGAGCCUGAAAAGGUUUCUUUGGAAACAGAUAGUGUAUUACCCAGUAGCAGUGAGAAAUCUGUCCCACCUGGUGCUUGGUCCAGAAAAGUAGAAACGGUUAUAGGCUGUCCUGAAACUUUGUCUCGCGUUUCAACUUUUCAAGCCAAAUUUGGCUCCACCGAAAAGGCUUGGAAGCCAGCUACCACUAAACAUUACAAAGAUUCCUCUGCUAAUAAUCAAGCUAACUGGUACACCCUGGAUCGUGUUGAAAUUCUCAAAGAAGAAAUUGAAGCUGUUCGUGAACUUAUUGACCUUGAGCCUGAGAGCAAAUGGGCACUUCAAACGCUAGCUCAUUUCUUACAGCAACUAAAGUUGCGCUCAGGAUCAACUUGCGCUGAUGCAUUAGAUGAUGAAUCAGUGGAUAUUUUUAAUAAGCUUUCAGAAUUAGAUACUUACCGGAGGUGCCGUUAUGAAGAAAGUCGCAACCGUAUUCUAUUUAACCGUGCGACAAAUUCCCUUUUACAUACCAGCAGCAACAAUGAGGCUUUGUUGAAAAAUGAGCGAAUUGAUACACUUGACUUGAGACACAUUUCACUUGAUACAAUUCCUAGUCUUGCUCCCCUGCUCCUUGUCAGAAAUGUUCUGACUGAAUCCAUCAGUGCUUUAGACCAGCUUCCAUUCUUUGAGAGAGUAUAA